AUGUUGACAGGGCUGUACCUGGGACACAGACGUAGGUACCACUCGAAGGCCCUUGGUGGUGGUGUGGGGAACCGACCGAUCGAGGGGGUCAAGGACUGUGAGAACGACAUGAGGGAGACUAAAGUGGCAGUGGGCAAGUUGUGCACCGGCCAGAAGUCGCCCACUCCAACGUCUGAGCACCACGGCCGCGCCGAUAUUGCGUCCUGGAUCUCUGAACGAUUCGAGGGACGCGAUGACGUUGGGUCUUGUAUGCACACCAAGGGGCCCGAUGAACAGCAACGAGGUAUCGCGUUAAGAUGGCACGUCGGCAGCAACACUGCAUGCGAUGCGCAAAGAGUCUCACUCGAGCAGAAAAGACGAACGAGAAUCGUUCAAUGUUCCGCAGCACGGCAUCAUGCGAGGCGCGUGGUGGACCGGGCAUCUGGCGUGUCAGCGGGGAAGGAGAGUCAAAAAAAGACAAAUCAUCAAGUAUUACCCUGGCCAAAGAGCUCGCAGACAAGACGCCCAACAUGUAGCAGCACAAGUGGACUCCGAGCUCCCGAUGCGUGGGCCAGGCCAAUGAAGCCCGGGCCCGUAGAUCAAGAACAGAAGUGUUUUGGCAGUGCAAGAGGGUCGAGCAGGGAUGCCUCUUGUUCUGACAAGUCGUUCGACAGGUUGACUUGGCUUGUGGCUGUCCAGAGCAAGACACCAGGCAAUUCCCCACAGGAUGGAUGA